AUGGCUUUGAUGAGUUACCACUCGAAUUGGAGGACACUCGACUCAUAUAUGAGCACCCAACCUGCACAGACAGAGCUGGUUCCCGAGCUUCUAGAUUUCGAAAAUGAUCUUACGUUGUCAAAUACUUGCAUUGAUCCACUGUUCCUGCAGCAGAAUGAUCACUUUUUUUACUCAUGCGACGGUUACAAUUGCGUAUACCCUUCGUCUGAUAAUCUCAACACCCUUGCACCAGAACCCUUUGAAUUAAUUGACUCCAAACGCCAAAAAACAUUCGAUAAUUAUGAAGAUGUUAAUUACUCGGAAUUAUUUUAUCCGGGUUUUGUUCCAAAUCCUUGUGUGAUUCAGGAUUUCAAGCCAGACGUUAUGUUGCCGCCACUGCCGGAUUUUCCAACUGCUUCCCCUCGCUGUGGAAGUUCCGAGAGUGUGAAAAGGGUUAAUGGGGAAGGGAGCUUGUCAGCCCAGAGCAUCGCGGCCAGGCAGCGGCGGAGGAAGAUUACCGAGAAGACUCAGGAGCUCGGGAAGCUUGUUCCAGGUGGACAAAAAAUGAACACUGCUGAAAUGUUUCAUGCAGCUUACAAAUACAUCGAGUUCUUGCAAACUCAAGUUGGGAUUCUUGAAUUUAUGGGAUCAUACGAGCAAAAUGGGGUGACCACUAUACAUCAAAGUGAAGACUUGACUGCUCUUCUCGAAUCGCCGCUAAUUCAAGAAAAGUUAUACUCGAUUGAGAAAUGUCUAGUUCCAUGGAAGUUUGUCAAAAUCCUAGAAAAUGGUGGUCGAAUCGAAUCUAAAUCUCAGGUUUUGAAGGAAUGCAAGAAGUUGAUUCCAAAGUUAGAGCACUAA